AUGGGCGCGAAAGUCCCCCGCAACUUUCGCCUGCUCGAGGAGCUUGAAAAAGGCGAGAAAGGCUUGGGAGCAGAGGCCUGCUCGUAUGGUUUGGAUGAAGGCGACGACCUGCUCAUGACAAAUUGGAACGGCACCAUUCUGGGCCCACCCCACAGCGUGCAUGAAAACCGGAUCUACUCCCUCAAGAUUGUCUGCGGUAACAGCUACCCCGACUCACCUCCAGAGGUGACCUUCAUCAGCAAAGUCAACUUGCCCUGCGUGAACCCGCAAAAUGGGAAGGUCGACCUCUCGAAGCUCCCAAGCAUCAGUGUGUGGAAGCGCGACUUUACCAUGGAGACUAUUCUCAUCGAGAUUCGACGGUACAUGGCAGCUCCUGCGAACAAGAAGCUUCCGCAGCCUCCAGAAGGCACCAACUUUUGA